AAGCUUGGCGUCAGGACGACGUUACAUGGUCAAUUUCAGCCAGGGCCAGCAACUGCCUAGUUCACGACGUCGCCCCGUAAGGCGACACUUGCCCAGCUUCUAGGAUCGGAAUCUCGCGAUGCUUGGUACCUAAGAUGUGGACUAGGUAGGUACUAUGCGAUUCGUAGAGCAGAUUCGGAAAUCAGAUUCGGACCUCUUGCCCGCGUAUUUAUAAAAGGCCCGAGAUGCCUUUCACACUCACAAUGACUUCCUUUCUCACAAACUCGCACAGUCCGCUUCUCUCCUUGCCUAAUAGAACACCAUUCGUUCCCUGCUAUCCACGAUGCGCUCCUUCCUCCUAACUCUCUCGGCAGCCACUGCCGCGACGGCCCUCCCUAAUAUCACCGUCGUUCCCAAGGAACUCACUUGCAGCAACUGGCCGUUCUUUCAUCAACAGAGCAGCGUUGCGGGACCGUUCACCAUCUUCGCCGACUCAACUGGUAACGCCGAUCUAGACGGUAAUAAAGCUACCUACAUCACCAUAGACGAGCCGACUAUAGCCUCAGGCUGGAUUGGCAUAACGCCCCAGAAGGAGGUAGCAGUACCGUACAUCCAAUGCCAAGCCUUCGGCAGCGCCGAGAUGCUCGCCGUGAACUACAACGGCGCGUACCAGCCCCUGAGCAUCUCGGAGUACACCUACCACGAGUACGACGGCCUGAUCUUCAUGAAGACCGUGACGAGGGGCGCGCCCAUUGAGCCUCACUGGCACUACUACGCGAACGGGACGCGCCAGGCAGGCACCUUCUUGGGGUUCAACAACUCGACGACGUGGGCGUACCUCCUCGACAGCACGUCGGGAAAGUACCGGAUCCGUCUUCUGACGGACUUGUCGAAGCCGCUGAUUGACCGAGAGUUUACCGGUUUCGUGCGAGCUGGUGACCCGAGUCUUCCCAACUAAACAGGGGAGGGUUCUAUGAUAAAUCUGGGCAAAAUGAUAAGAAACGUAUCCUAAUGUCUAAUGUAUAACGAUCUGUUACCUAGGUAACCGGAUGACUGUACCUUCUAAGAUACCAACACGAAGUUGCGUAGGGUAAUUUUGUCCCAAUUCUACUAUAUCUGAACUUUAGUGUCCUUUAUGCCCUGCCACUGCGAAAUCGGCUUACCGAAAUCUUUUCGCUUGAAUUUCCCAGUCGCUUGAAACAACAAGAGGACGAAACAAGAAAAUGUAUGAUAGUGUCCCCUAUAAGGCGGAGAGGACAUAGGUAUAUACUUACGAAUUCGUAGGAGUCGGUAUACCUACCAGUCUAGGGAAG